AAAGAACACGCCACGGCCGCCCACCCGCUGACAUCCACGCCGCUCCCCGCGAGCUUUGCCUCGCCAGCUCGCCAUGCCGCCCCCAUCCCUCCUGUCCCUCCUCCCCGCAGCGUCCCUCUCCCCGCGAAGCCGCCGAGCGAGGCGCGAAGCCCCUACGGCGAGCGACCGCCUCCAUUAUUCCCGCCUCCCCGUCCUCAGCGCACGGGCUCCCUCGCCGCCGCAUUCGUUAUCCUCUACCUCCUCUGUCGGCGGCGGCGGAGGUGGAGGAGGCGACGAGCUCCACCUGCUAGACAAGCCCUUCCCCUCCGCCCUGGCGGAGGAGGACGAGGACGACCCCGAGCCUGAGCCCGCUCCGGCGCUGUCCCAGGGCGAAGCGCUCGCGCCGUACCUCAACUUUUUCCAGGUGAAGGGCGGCGACGGCAGUGAGUGCGCGGCCGCCGUGAGGAGCUCCGUGGACGACGCCUCGGAGGACGGAGACGACGCCGGUGGGCGUGGGGUCAUUUACUACGACCCCAAGCCCGGGGACCUCGUCGUCGGCGUCGUCGUCGGGGGCGACUGGCGGGCACUCGACGUCGACGUCGGCGCUGGAGGAGAGCCAGCUCUGAUGCUGGCCAAGGAGGCGGCGCCGGUUUCAGCGGUGGAGCUCGGUUACCUGGCGUGCGAUGUCGCAUCCAGCGGCGGCGGCGCGAGUGAGUUCGCCGCGGAAGGCAGGGUUGGCGUCGUGGUCAGCGGCCGGGAGGGGAGCGUGACGGCCAGGAGGAGCGGGAAGGAUAAAGGUGCCCCGGUGGUGGGCGUUGGCAUGGUGGUGUUCGCCGAGGUCCUCGGUCGAACACUUGGCGGGCGGCCGUUGCUGUCCGCGCGCAGGCUGUUCCGGCGCGUCGCGUGGCACAGAGUGAGGCAGAUAAAGCAACUAAAUCUACCUAUCAUGGUUAAAGUUUUUGAGUGGAAUGCUGGAGGCUUGAUAUCAAGAAUUGAGGGGCUCCGAGCGUUCCUCCCUAAGGCUGAGAUGAUGAGAAGACCAAGAAAUUUCACAGAUCUAAAGAAUAAUGUUGGCCGACAGAUCCAUGUCUGCAUUACAAGGACUGAUGAAAGGACUAACGAAUUGAUAAUCAGUGAAAAAGAGGCAUGGGCAAUGGCAUACCUUAGAGAAGGGGCUCUCUUGGAAGGGACAGUCCGCAAGUUGUUUCCAUAUGGUGCACAAAUUAGGAUUGGCGAGACUAACAGAGGUGGUCUGCUGCAUAUCUCAAAGAUAACACAUGGUCAGCUGCGAUCCGUCAGUGAUGUGCUUAAAGUGGGUGAGAGAGUGAAAGCUCUUGUGAUCAAAUCAACAGCACCGGACCGAAUUGCUCUUAGUAUUAAGGACCUUGAGAGCGAACCUGGACUGUUUCUCUCUGACAAAGAGAAGGUGUUCUCGGAGGCUGAAGAGAUGGCGCAAAGAUACCGUGAUCAGAUUUCAGAGACGCCUCGAUCUGACGGUUCUGGCUCCUCGUGCAACCACGACGCUAUCGCGUUCGAGGACGAAGCAGAAUCCUACGCGAACUGGAAGUGGUUGAAAUUCAUCAAGUCUGACGAAGUAAACCUUAACCCUAGUGAUACCCGCUCAGGAUUGUAACGCAGGAUCCCUCUGCAGAAAAUUUUGCUCAAUCCAGCACCCACUCUUGCAAAUACUGACUGUUCUAAGUAGCACUUGCUCAGCCACGGAGAAUCGGCCUUGUCUCGGCCAAUUUUCCUACGGUGCGGGGGCGGCCGACGAACUCCCAGCUUCUGCGACACCUCAAAGUCUGGACGUUGUGAUUUGUGACCGUCAGACGAAUGAUGGUGAGACAAGAGGCUUUCCUUUCUGGUUCA